AUGAAGCUCUCCCAAGAUGUGACAAGGCGAUCACCGCCCUCUAAGGACGGCUUGGAGAAGGUGGACGACAAAUUGCGCCGCGCAGACAAGGUCUCCCCGCAGUUAUCUUUCUUCCGCCGCCGGAUACGACUAAAGGGGAACUCGUCUGUCUCGAUGCCACUGGGCUUAGUGCUCCUAUUUCCAUGUCUUGUACUCACAUUAAUCCUAAUUCUCUUCGCAAAGUCGCCAGACCCCCAGGGCAUCAUGAACAUGCCCGCCGGCGCUCCUCCGUCAAUACGAAAGAUCAGCGAAAAGUACGACAAGCCCUUCGUAGUAGGCUGUCUCGAACCCAAAGUCAAUGCCCCCCGAGCAAACGCUGCAUUCGUGGUUCUGGCGAGAAACAAGGAGCUAGACGGUGUCAUACAAACAGUCAAAUCAAUCGAGAGACAUUUCAACAGGUGGUUUCACUAUCCAUAUGUCUUCCUCAAUGAUGGGGAAUUCAACGCGACAUUCAAGGAGACUGUCUUGAAUCACACAAGCGCAGCAGUGGAGUGGGGCACGAUCUCAGCAGAGCACUGGGGAUUCCCUGAUUGGGUAGAUCCCGCAGUCGCAAAAGAAGGAAUUGCAAAGCAGGGUGACCAUGCGAUCAUGUACGGCGGCAUGGAAAGCUACCACCACAUGUGUCGGUUUUACUCCGGUAAGUUCUAUCAGCACGAGCUGCUGCAAAAGUACGAAUGGUAUUGGCGACUCGAGCCGGAGAUCAAGUACUUUUGUGACAUCACGUACGAUCCAUUCAUCCACAUGAUACGAAACAAGAAGACAUAUGGCUUUACCAUCGCCGUAAAGGAGCUGCGGGAGACGGUACCUAACAUCUUUCGAUAUGCGUCUGCUUACAAGCGGAUGAAUAACCUUACCUCUAAAGGUCUCUGGGAAAUGUUUGUGGAGAAGCCAAAAGAAAAAGAGGAGAAAGCGGUACCGACGACAGAUCCCAAGUCCAAAAAGCCCACGCCCCAGGAGAUGGAAGACUCGGAGUCCAUCGUAGGGAAACUGCCCGAAAUCGAUCCUGAGGCGAUGGAGGGCGAAUCGUAUAACAUGUGUCACUUUUGGAGCAAUUUUGAAAUCGCGAGACUGGACUGGUUCCGAAGCAAGGAGUACAACGACUUCUUCGAGCUGAUGGAUCGCAGCGGUGGCUUCUGGAUGGAAAGAUGGGGAGAUGCGCCAAUUCACUCGUUGGCUGCCGGCGCUCUUCUCGGCCCUGGAGACAUCCACUACUUCCGGGACUUUGGUUACCGGCAUACCACUAUCCAGCACUGUCCAGCAAAUGCCCCAGCGCGGCAGCUAUCCAGGAGCCCAUACUUUGAGAAGACGACUCUGGACGAAAAGAUGCGACGUGAAGAAGACGCGUACUGGGCGACGCCGGAUCCAGUCAAGGAGAACGGUGUAGGCUGUCGCUGCAAAUGUGAUAGCGACAUCGUCGACGUAGAAGGCAAAGAGGGGUCUUGUCUCGCGGAAUGGGUAGAUGCCGCUGGCGGAUGGGCAUCGCCUGGUCCUCAGUGGCCUUGA